AUGGCUUCACUCGGCGGCAAGACGAUUGCCAUUACUGGCGCAGCAUCUGGUAUUGGCCUCGCAGCUGCUAAACUCCUAGCAAGCCGUGGUGCCCAACUCUCGAUCGCCGACAUGAACAAAGCCGGGCUUGAAACUGCUCUCGAGUCUCUGCCCGGGAAUGGGCACAUCGCUACCCAAGUCGAUGUGAGUAACAGCCAAGAUGUGAAUGCCUGGAUCGAGAAGACAGUUUCUGUCUUUGGCAAGCUUGAUGGCGCUGUUAAUAUGGCUGGCGUUUUUACUCACGGUACUUGCCUUCGUGAUGAGACUGACAAUACGUGGGAUUUCAUCAUGGGGGUGAAUGCUCGAGGUGUUUUCAAUUGUUUGAGAGCAGAGUUGAAGCAUGUUAAGUCUGGAGGAAGCAUUGUAUCGGCAGCUAGUGUUGAUGGUCAAGCUGGUUUUGCUAAUGCUUCUGUAUAUUGUGCAAGCAAGCAUGCUGUCAUUGGCAUGUCUCGAUCUGCCGCAAAGGAGAACGAGAAUAUUCGCAUCAACUGUGUUGCACCCGGCAGUGUCCGAACACCCAUGAUGGAAGGUGAAGGAAUGGCUGAAGCAGUAGAAGCAGAAGUUGCACUUCAGGUUCAAAAGCGUCCUGCUGAGCCCCAUGAAAUCGCGAAUGUCAUUUCUUUUCUGCUUAGCGAUGAAGCUAGCUUUGUCACCGGAGCCGUCUAUAAUGUUGAUGGGGGUUGGAUAUAUUUGGAAAAAAUACAACCUGUACGGGUCGCCAUUCUGGAUUGCGACUACGCUGUGCCCAAGGUCGCCGAAACUUGGGGACCAACAUAUAGCAGCAUCUUUGCCCAUCGACUACAAGCUGUCAACAAGACUCUACGGUCUGAAAGGCCCUUAGAAACUUCUGCAUUCGACAUUAUUAAAGACGAAUAUCCUAAUCCUAAUGACUUCGACGCCUUCCUCAUCACUGGAUCUAUCAAAGGAGUUUAUGAUAAGGAUCCAUGGACUGCGAAGUUGAAAUCCUUCAUUCAAGAAACCUACCAGAAUUAUCAACAUGUGCGACUAUUUGGAGCUUGCUUCGGGCACCAGAUAAUCUCUGCAGCGCUGCUUGAAAAUUACGGUGUGAUUGUCGAGAGAGAUCCAAAGGGUUAUGAAGUUGGCAUUCAUAAAGUCGCCCUAAACCCAAAAUUCGCAGCUCAGUUCAGUCAUGUUUUUAGCCUGCCUGAGGGAGAUGGAUUACGGAUGCAGUUUGCACACGGCGACCAUGUUCGACUUGAGACAUCUUGGCCCGAAUCGUGGAUGUCGAUAGGAAGUACGCCGCAUUGCGUCGUGCAGGGUAUUUUUCAACCGGGACGUGUUUUGACAUUUCAAGGUCACUUUGAAUUCGAUGAGGAGAUUUCAAGAGAAACGAUUAAGUAUUUCUAUACACCUGAACGGGGAUUUACACCCGAGCAGACGCAGGCUGCUCUGGAACAGAUUCGAGGCAAGGAUGAUUCGGUAGAGGCUGUAAAGAUGUUGCAUGCCUUUUUCACGGAAGGCAAUGAUGAAUAG